UGUGCAUGGCGUCUGCAUCGCCGGUCCGUGGUGUGAACACAGCCCGCUGAGGAAGUGCAUACAACGCAGUGAGUUUCCCGGCGGGGGGUGUGGCUCCUAGAUCCAUACACCAACAAUGGACUCGGGCAGGAGCAGGAACUGCAGGACGGCUCGUACUUACGCGAAGACCUGUGGCUAGAAGGCGACCCUACGGGACAUCGGCUCACAGACAUUCCCACACCUGGCCGCGACCGCGGUCAUCAACAGGUUUCGCGGAAGACCACACGUGCCGUCUCGUCGAGUUGCAUUCUCACGCUGAUCCACAUGGCAGCGUCCACAUCAGCAUCUCUAUUUGACCUGUACCAUCACGUGUGGUCAUUGCGAGACCGCCGGAUAGAAGGAUGGGGCGUAGUGACCGAAGGGCGCCUCAUCUUCCCGCUUUUGUUAGCCUACGUGUACCUGGGCAAGAUCGGCGGCCCCCAAUGGAUGAAAAACCGUGAGCCAUACAGACUUCGUUACGCGAUCCUGACGUACAACGUCGCGACGGCGUUGGUUAACGCCUACUUCUGUUACCGGUACGCCAGAGCAACUUACUUCGGUGGCGGCUACAGCUUCUUCUGCCAGGGCAUCAACAGGGACGGGCCCUCUGCGGAGGAAGCGGAGCUGAACUGGUGGUACCUGUACGUCCGCAUCGCCGACUUCCUCGACACGCUCUUCUUCGUGGCCCGCAAGAAGUUCUCGCAGAUAUCGGCCCUGCACGUCAUCCAUCACUUCCUCGUGGUCCUCAGCGGCUGGGUGUGGCUGAACUUCGGUAACGAGGGCCAGGCACUGUUGGGGGUGCUCAUCAACCAAGCUGUGCACGUGAUUAUGUACACGUACUACUUCUUGGCGGCGCUCGGACCGUCAGUCCGGCAGUACCUGUGGUGGAAGAAGUACCUCACCAGCCUUCAGAUUGUGCAGUUCCUGAUCGUCAUUGUACACAUUUCUAUUCCGAUAUUUUACGACUGUGGGUAUCCAAAGCCACUGGCAGUGUUAGGUGCCGCGCAGCUAUUGCUCGGGCUCGUAUUGUUCAUGAAUUUUUACCUCCAGACAUACAUCCGGAUAAAGGUUGUCGAUAAAAAAACGUCGCAGGCGGAUGGCAAAAUGAAACUGGGCUGAGAAAACGUGAGAGAAUGACCAUUCUGUCUUAAAAGCUGUCGCUCUGCUGAUAUUUUUUCCUGGUGAGCACAACCGCAUUACUCUUAACCAUUCGGCACUAAGAAAAAAAAUUUGUCGAAAGGUCUUUACUGCCAGCAGCGAUCAUGGAGAGUCUCUAAGCCGGCUGAUGCACGCUCGAAGCAUG